AACACAAUCUCCAAAUACGUGAAACAUUGAUGAAACAUCACUUGCCUUAGGAAGAAAGUAAACAAAAACAAUGCCCGGUGUUAACUUUGCACAAUUUCCGCGAUUUUCACGAGUUUCCCAACGAAUUUUCACUCGCAGUCUAUCAACAAAGGCCGUGGGGGAAACAAAGGCACCAUCCAGGACAGCAAUUGAGAUUAAUCAUCGACUCUACCAUCCAGAUGAGUGGACAAAUGUUAAUCCGCGAAUUCUUUCCUUCCUGGAGCGAAGGAUUCACGUCCAGCCGCAUCAUCCAUUGUCAAUUGUACGCCAGAAGAUUGUCCAAUUCUUCGGGGAGAAGUACAGAAACUCCAAAGGGAAUCCCCUGUUCAGUGUCUAUGAUUCCUUGAGCCCCAUUGUGAGUGUGGAGCAGAACUUUGAUAGCCUCCUCAUUCCACCGGAUCACCCAAGUAGGGAUAAAUCGCAGUCGUACUAUUUCAAUCGGGACUACAUGCUGCGUGCCCAUACGACUGUUCAUCAAGCUGAACUCAUUACAUCUGGGCUCAAUAAUUUCCUUAUUGUCGGAGAUGUUUAUCGACGAGAUGAAAUCAACUCAACCCACUACCCUGUUUUUCAUCAGCUGGAUGCUGUACGAAUUCACACGCGUAAGACACUCUUUGGUGAGGCGGAUCUCCAAAUAAUGGAGACAAAGCCAAGAACUCACGAGGAGCCCACCCAUCAGAGCUGCCACACGUUGGAAGCUGUAAAGUUGGUUGAAGUAGAACUGAAGGACACCCUUUUGGGGCUCGUAAAGAGUCUCUUUGGGGACAAAGUCAAAUAUCGCUGGGUUGAGACGUAUUUCCCCUUCACUCAUCCCUCGUGGGAGCUCGAAAUCCACCACCGGGAUGAUUGGUUGGAAGUUCUCGGGUGUGGCAUUAUGCGUCACGCUAUCCUUGAUCGGUGUGGCCAUAAGGAUGCAAUUGGAAUUGCCUUUGGGCUUGGUUUGGAACGCAUAGCAAUGGCAUUGUACCAAAUUCCCGAUAUUCGUCUCUUCUGGAGUCGAGAUUCGGGAUUUCUUAGUCAAUUCCACGACAAUGCCCCACCCGGAUUAAUAUACAAAUCCGUCUCGGUGUAUCCUCAGUGCACAAAUGACGUAUCCUUCUGGCUCCCAGGAACAUCCGCAGCGGAAUCUUUUGACCCAAAUGACCUGUACGAUGAAGUUCGCAGCGUGGGUGGGGAUAUUGUGGAGCAGGUGCACCUUCAGGAUAAAUUCACACACCCCAAAAGCGGCAGGACAAGUAUGUGCUUCCGUAUCAUCUACCGACACAUGGAACGAACCCUCACGCAGGCGGAAGUGAAUGAAGUUCAUGCAAAAAUUGCCCAAAAUCUCGUUGAAAAAUUCAACGUGGAAAUCCGUUAAGGGGGCGCUUCAGUGCUAAUAUUUAUUGUUAAUCUAAUAGAAGGGAAUAAAAGGAGUUUAAUCAUC